AUGUAUCUAGAUGUUGGGAUAGCCCAAAACAUAUCUGGGCCCCUUAUAAUCAAAAUUGUACUAUCCACUUGCACAACCACAAGGUCUCCCAAGAUACUCAAGGAACAAGGAAUAAAUGAUUCUUCUGUGAAACCGUCUAUUUCUAAAAAUCCACCCAUCAUGGACAUAGUAGGAGAUGCAGAUUAUAUCCAGUGGUUUGGUCAAAUUGUGUACAUUGAUGAUGACAAAGUCAUCUCCAGGAGCGGGCUCAGGAUUGUAGCACUUUUCUCCUGGAUUGUGACCAAGCUGUACAUGCAAGCCAAGUGA